CGACAAGCCUCCGUCCGCUGCCACCGCAGUACCGUUGCUCUUUGCUUCUGUACCUUCUCGGAGACCAAGACCAAAAAAAUCAGAAAAUCGCAAAAAACCCGUCCCGACCUUGACACCGUCGGCUCCUGAACUGUUCUGCUGCGGACGCGACAAGCCAACACACGCAACGCACACGAUUCAUCAGCACAGCUCCCGUCGCUUAGUUCUGCACGCUUCGAGAACCGCUUCGACUUUCGCUAGGCACAGAAUAUUCGCUACAGCCAGACUUCUAGCAGCGCCUGCCCAACAUGUCUGACGUCCAGAACUCAACUUCUCCUGCCGGCCAGGCUGCCGCCCCAUCCGACGCUCCUGCCACCAACGGCAACCAAAUCAAUACCGCCGUCCCAGCUGGCGGUGACAUCGGCGAGACCCCCACCAGCGCCGCUCCAACCAACGCCAACCCAAAUUCCGCCUCUCUUUAUGUCGGUGAGCUCGACCCAUCCGUGACUGAGGCUAUGCUCUUCGAGUUGUUCUCCUCCAUCGGCCAGGUUGCUUCCAUUCGUGUUUGCCGUGACGCCGUCACCCGUCGCUCGCUCGGAUACGCCUAUGUCAACUACAACAGCGCCGCUGACGGUGAGCGCGCUCUUGAGGAGCUGAACUACACCCUGAUCAAGGGCAAGCCAUGCCGCAUCAUGUGGUCUCAGCGCGAUCCGGCUCUGCGCAAGACUGGCCAGGGCAACGUGUUCAUCAAGAACUUGGAUGCCGCCAUUGACAACAAGGCUCUUCACGACACCUUCGCAGCUUUUGGUAACAUCCUUUCCUGCAAAGUCGCCGUUGACGAGCACGGCAACUCCAAGGGCUACGGUUUCGUGCACUACGAGACCUCCGAUGCCGCAAACCAGGCGAUCAAGAGUGUCAACGGUAUGCUUUUGAACGAGAAGAAGGUCUUCGUCGGCCACCACAUCCCGAAGAAGGACCGCAUGAGCAAGUUCGAGGAGAUGAAGGCCAAUUUCACCAACAUCUACGUCAAGAACAUCGACGCCGAGACCACCGAUGACGAGUUUCGCGAGCUGUUCGAGAAGUACGGCCAGAUCACCUCUGCCUCGCUUGCGCACGACGACCAGGGCAAGGUUCGAGGUUUCGGUUUCGUCAACUUCAUCCGCCACGAGGAUGCCGCCAAGGCUGUUGAUGAGCUGAACGAUCUUGACUUCAAGGGUCAGAAGCUCUACGUUGGCCGUGCUCAGAAGAAGCACGAGCGUGAGGAGGAGCUGCGAAAGCAGUAUGAGGCUCAGCGGCAGGAGAAGAGUGCCAAGUACCAGGGUGUCAACUUGUACGUCAAGAACCUGGCAGACGAGAUUGACGAUGAGGAGCUCCGCAAGAUCUUCGAGCCAUAUGGUGCCAUCACCUCUGCCAAGGUUAUGCGCGACACCACCCCUCUUGAUAAGGUCGAGGGCGCCGAGAAGGAGGAUGGUGAGAAGAAGGAGAGCGAAAGCUCUGCCGAGGACAAGGAAGAGGAGAAGAAGGACGAUGCUGAUGAGCUUGCUAAGAAGCUGGACACGGUCACCAUCGGCGGCGAGAAGAAGGUGCUCGGCAAGAGCAAGGGCUUCGGUUUCGUCUGCUUCUCCAACCCAGAUGAGGCUACCAAGGCUGUCACUGAGCUCAACCAGAAGAUGAUUCACAGCAAGCCACUCUACGUGGCUCUGGCGCAGCGUAAGGAGGUCCGCAAGAGCCAGCUCGAGGCCAGCAUUCAAGCGCGCAACCAGGUCCGUAUGCAGCAACAGGCCACUGCCGGCGGUCUUCCACAGCAGUUCAUGGCUCCACCACAGAUGUUCAUUGGUCCAAACGGCCAGCCGAUGAUGAUUCCGGGCGGACGUGGUCAGAUGCCCUUCGUUCAAGGUAUGCCACAAGGCCAAGGCCAGCGCGGCGGUUUCCCAGGAAUGCCCCAGCAGGGCGGUCGCGGUGGUCCUGCCGCUCUCCCACAGAUGCCUCAGAUGCCAUACGGAUUUCCGCCACAGAUGGCUGGCAUGCCACAAGGUUACUCCAACCCAGCUGCCUAUGCUCAGAUGAUCCAGCAAGCCCAAGCCCUUGCGCAGGGCGCUGGUCGUGGUGCUGGUCGUGGUGGCCCAGUUCCAGGUAUGCCAAUGAUGCCAGGUAUGCCAGGCCUUCCACCACAGAUGAUGGGUGGUCCAGGCAUGGGUCGUGGUGGCGCCCCAGGCGGUCAAGGCCGUGGCCCAAUGGGUGGUCGUUCAGAUGAGCAGCGCGGUCGUGCUGCAAACCGUGGUGCAGCUGGCCCAGGCAUCGAUCUUGCCGCUCUCGGCGCCGCUCCACCGCCACAGCAGAAGCAGAUGCUCGGCGAGGCUCUGUACCCCAAGAUCCACGCCCAGCAGCCAGAGCUUGCUGGCAAGAUUACCGGUAUGCUUCUCGAGAUGGACAACGAGGAGCUCAUCAACCUGUAA